AUGCAAGAAAUCAAUUAUGAAUAUGAUCAGUAUAACACUAAAGAAUUUUUUAGAGAUGAAGAUAAACUUGAAAUUUUGAUUAAUCAGUUAUCUAAAAAUGAUUAUUUAAGUGCCUCCAAAUACAUUUGUAUUGAAGAUACAGUUUAUAAAAAGAGAAAUGUGUAUUCCAGAUUUGAACAAAAUUUGUUAAAAUGGCUUGUUCGGUUUAGAGAGAGAUGA